AUGGCCUCCCAUCCAAGCCAUUCAGCGCUUGAUGUCAUCGAUUUGAAUUCACUAAAGGAUCCCGCCGGUAUCUUCGAGCUGAUCGAGGUCGUCGGAAAUGGCACCUAUGGACAAGUUUACAAGGGACGUCAUGUGAAAACGGCCCAGCUUGCCGCCAUUAAAAUCAUGAAUAUCAGUGAGGAGGAAGAAGAAGAAAUCAAGCUGGAAAUUAACAUGCUCAAAAAGUAUUCCCAUCAUCGAAACAUUGCUACCUAUUACGGAGCCUUCAUCAAGAAAUUACCCUCCUCCACUGGUAAACAUGAUCAAUUGUGGUUGGUAAUGGAGUUCUGCGGAUCGGGAUCAGUAACCGAUCUUGUCAAAACAUGCAAGGGAGCAAUAAAAGAGGACUGGAUUGCGUAUAUUUGCCGAGAGAUCUUGCAGGGUCUCUACCAUUUACAUCAAAACAAAGUGAUCCAUCGAGAUAUUAAAGGACAAAAUGUUUUACUCACUGAUAAUGCUGAAGUGAAAUUGGUGGACUUUGGAGUGUCGGCUCAAUUGGAUAAAACUGUUGGCAGAAGGAAUACGUUUAUCGGAACGCCUUACUGGAUGGCUCCCGAAGUGAUUGUCUGUGAUGAUAACCCGGAUGCCACUUACGAUUCAAGAUCGGAUCUUUGGUCAUUGGGAAUCACGUCCUUGGAAAUGGCUGAGGGACAUCCGCCACUCUGUGACAUGCAUCCAAUGAGAGCUCUUUUCUUGAUCCCCAGAAACCCGCCACCCCGAUUGAAGCGAAGCAAGAAAUGGGGAAAGAAGUUUGAAUCGUUCAUUGAAACCGUUCUCGUGAAGGACUACCAUCAACGACCAUACACCGAUCAAUUGUUGAGACAUCCAUUUGUGCGAGAUCAACCACCAGAGAGAGCCGUGAGAAUAGCGAUCAAAGAUCAUAUUGAUCGACAUAGAAGGAUCACAAAUAAGAAAGAUGAAGGUGAAUACGAGUAUUCUGGCAGUGAAGACGAAGAAGGAGGACCACCAAAACCCAACAACAAUCACGAGAACAAUCGCGAGUACAUUGCUAGAGAACGACCCGAAGCUCCAUCAAUGAUCCCAGUUGAUGACACUCUGAAAAAAGGAUUCCAACGAAUUCAGGAGAAUGGACGACUCUUCGAACAAGCCGGUGCUCCACAAUUGAAACGGGUGGCUGCUCAACCACGAACUGGAGCUUCUCCAUCACAGAGACAAUCUCAACCCCAUAAGCCUUACUUAUAUGGUCCCGAUGCCAGAGAACGUGAACAAGCCGUCAAAAUGAGAGCUCAAGCUGCCGCUCAACAGAGACCUGGAGGAAAUGGAGAACCGCCAAGAGAUCGACGAUCACGACCAAUCAGCCAUCAUCAGCGAUCCCCACCAGCUCAACAAUCCCAUCCAGCUGCUCCUCAUUUAGCUGAAGUUGCCAACUAUGAUAGAAGGAGACGAUCUGAGAGGGAAUACCGUGACCGAGAAAGGGAACACCGGGAUCGAAGUGCUCAUUCACGGCAGCAACAUGCUCCAUCGAGUGGAAGGAUCAUGCCUACUGUAAAUGUUGGAAUGCCUCAUCAUCGAAAGAUGUCCGAACCUCUUCUCCAUCCACAACAAGCUAGACCGGAAGAUCUUGAUGUGCUCGCUCAUGAAUUGUCAAGAAUGGGUGGACGAGAAGGGGAAACAUCGGCCAGUCCUCCACCACCAGCUCCUCCACCAAGAGACGCCAGUAUUACAAGUGGAUUUGAACAGGAUGAGGAAGCCCCAGGAACCCUUCGCGGUCCUAACAAACCUCUCCCACCAACUCCAAACGAGCACACACCCGAUGAAGAACAUCACCCAGAAAACGGAACUCUUUUGGGACGAACAAAUGGCAAUGGAAAUCAAUUGGGCCGAAGUCCAAAUCAACAUCGACACAUGGUCAAGGCAGCUUCAAUGCCUGAUUCAACGACAUCAACGGUUGAAGCGAGAUCGCCCGAAUUUGGAAUUGGAGGCGCCGACUCGUCAAGCGAUGAUGAGCCACAUUCUGAUGAGGACAGACACACUCGUCAAAACCCACUCGCCAUGCCCGAUUUAUUACCGAACACCCCAGAAACGAGAAGGCCAUUCCAAUCGGAGAGUAGCAUGGAUGAAACGGGCGGAGAAGAGAUCCGGUCACUCUUUGGCAGUUUCUAUUUCCCACACAACUCGAAUGGAGGCUCAAAGGCAUCGCUGACGAGCAGCCAGAAUUUCGCUCAACAGAGGGAAAGAGAGAAAUCGUUUGUCGGCUAUUUUGGAGGCGGAAUUGGUUCGAGUGGAAUGGGAGGUGGGACGGUGAAUCGUCCGGGACGAACACAGGAUCCUCUGUCACAGGUGCAAGUCAACGUGAACCCAUCUCCUGCUCCAAAUGGAACUUCUGUCGAUCAAGAUGCGCCGGAGAUCCGAAAAUACAAAAAGAAAUUCUCCGGAGAGAUCCUUUGUGCAGCUUUAUGGGGAGUGAAUCUCUUGAUUGGAACGGACAAGGCGUUGAUGCUUUUGGAUCGAUCUGGGCAAGGAAAAGUCUACCCACUCAUCACCGGACGUCGUUUCGAGCAAAUGUCUGUGCUUGAGGGUCAGAAUAUUCUGGUGACAAUCAGUGGACGGAAGAGACGAAUCCGCGUCUACUACCUCUCAUGGCUGAAGCAAAAGAUUUUGAGAACAGAAGUUGGUGGAGCCGGUAUGCCACAAGAGAAGCGAAACGGCUGGGUGAAUGUCGGAGAUUUGCAAGGAGCUGUUCAUUUCAAGAUUGUCCGCUAUGAGAGAAUCAAGUUCUUGGUUGUCGGUUUGGAAAACACGAUCGAGAUCUACGCAUGGGCACCAAAACCUUAUCAUAAGUUCAUGAGUUUUAAGUCAUUUGGUUCGCUAUCUCAUCAGCCUCUUGUUGUUGAUUUGACUGUUGAAGAAAACGCGAGACUCAAGGUACUGUAUGGCUCACACGAAGGUUUCCAUGCUAUCGAUCUCGACAGUGCUGCCAUUUACGACAUCUACACACCGCCGAAUGCACAUUCCGAGAUGACGCCUCAUUGCAUUGUUGUCCUGCCAAACAGCAAUGGAAUGCAACUAUUGCUGUGCUAUGAUAAUGAGGGAGUCUACGUGAACACCUACGGGAAACGUGCAAAGAGCACGACUCUUCAAUGGGGAGAAAUGCCGUCCAGUGUCGCUUAUAUCUCUACGGGUCAAAUCAUGGGUUGGGGAAAUAAAGCGAUCGAGAUUCGCUCUGUUGACACUGGUCAUCUUGAUGGAGUCUUCAUGCACAAAAAGGCUCAAAAGCUGAAGUUCCUCUGCGAAAGAAAUGAUAAAGUAUUCUUCUCGUCAGCAAAGGGUGGUGGCUCUUGUCAGAUCUACUUUAUGACGUUGAACAAACCCGGUAUGACUAACUGG